AUGGAUAAUAUAGACGAGAGCAUACAACUCGACCGUGAAGCCCUUUCUCUGUGUCCUGAGGGACAUCCUGAUCUUGGUUGCUACUUGAAUAACUUGGCUGCUUUACUCAACGACUACCGCUUCGGUCACCAGGGCAAAUCUGACGACCUCGACGAGACCAUCUCUCUGUACAAUGAAGCAUUGUGCCUGAGCCCUGUUAGGCACAAAUCUCGUGAUUCACGAUUGUACAACCUAGGGACCGCCCUCCGCGACCGUUUCAACCAACGCGGUGACAUAGAUGACAUCAACAGAGCUAUCAGCCUCUAUCGCGAUGCACUGACGUUGCGCCCACCUGGGCGUCGAAAACGUGACGUCACACUUUGCGGCCUUGCCAAUGCGCUCAAAAUCAGAUAUGACAAAUCACAUGCCGACGAGGAUCUUAACGAGGCCAUCGAGCUACACCGUGAUCCGGUCGAGUACUCUAGAACUCUUAUCGGCUUGAGCUGGGCACUCUGCUUUCAUUUCACGCGCACUCGGAACACUGAAGAUAUCGAGGAGGCCAUUGAGCUCUCACAAGAGUCAUUGGAAACUUUUCCACCACUGCACCCAGAUAGAUAUGCGAGCUACCGGUGCCUGCAGGAGGCAUAUAUGUCUCGUUAUCGGGUACAAGACAACCCUGCUGAUUUGUCACUCGCAGUGGAGAACUUUAGACGACACCCCAUUCAAGGCUUUCCUCGGCGCAUCAUCAUGGCAUAUAAUUGGACUCUUGCAGCGGAGCAGCAUGGUCAUGGAUCUGCAUUGGAUGCCUAUGUAAUGUUUUUCGAGCUUCUCAACGCUCAUUUGUCAACACGAUCAUCUACCAUUUCACGGCGCCAAGCUGCCGCCGUCUUCCGUUAUGCCAGAACACUCCCUGUAGAUGCGGCGUCCUGUGCCUUGCGCCGUCAUAACCUAGAGAAGGCUGUUGAACUUGUGGAGCAUGGCCGUGGCCAACAGUGGUCACUGGCUUCUCGCCUCAGAACUCCACUUGAGGACCUCGAGGCAGUGAACCCAGAAUUAGCUCACAAAUUUUCGGAGCUGAGCAAGCGUGUUUCCGACACCGCUCAGGGUUCCGCAACUAUCACCGACAGAGCUACUGCUGAUCAGGCAGCGGUGAAGUACCGGAGGUGUACAGAGCAGUGGGAAGCUGUAGCAGCGGAAAUCCGCAAUACUGAAGGUUUCUCGCGAUUCCUGCUCCCACCAUCAUACGAAGACUUGCAAGUGGCAGUGCGCCGUGGUCCAGUCAUUAUCCUCAUCGCGAGCCAAUACUCCUGCAAUGCCAUCAUUGUCCCGACGUCAGGGGGGGCCCUUCAUAUUCCUUUCCCCUCUCUCACUCUCGCUGAUCUCGCGAAGCUCAAAGACGACUUCACGAUGGCAAUACGGCACGCAUCUCUCAUGGGCCCGACGGAGUCAAGGUCUGAGUUGAUAGUACUCUUGCGCGAGAUAUGGAACGAGAUGAUGCUACCCAUUGUCAAUGUACUCCGGCAUGAUCUCAAAGUGAAGCCUCGCUCCCGAAUCUGGCUGUGUCCAACUGCAGCCAUUACUUCCAUUCCUCUCCAUGCAGCUCACCCCUCUCGAAUGAAGGCAGAUAGAAGUGGACGGGAACCAUGCCUCGAGGAUAUGUACAUUUGCUCCUACACGCCGACGCUUUCGGCGUUGAUCAGGUCUCGACAGACGAUGAAGACACGUGCGACUCCGUCUUUCGCGGCAAUCGGACAAAGUCAGCCAGGCGCAGGGCAAGGCACGGCGCUCGCCACUGUGGACAGUGAGCUCGAGCUGGUCCAUAAACUCGUUCCCCCCAACGUCGAGUUCACUACUCUUUCGGGCAACGAAGCUACACAGGCAGGUGCACUCGAAGCCUUGCAAUGCAACACCUGGGUGCACCUGGCUUGUCAUGGCAAACAGGACCGCGAGCAGCCUUAUAACUCACGCUUCGCUAUGAGAGAUAAACCUCCCACAUUGCUCGAUAUCAUGGACAACAAUGUUCCGGAAGCCGAAUUCGCAUUCCUAUUAGCGUGUCAUACGGCCGUCGGCGAUGAGGAGACGCUCGACGAAGUCAUCCACCUCGCAGCCGGUCUACAAUUUUCAGGGUUCAAGAGUGUCAUUGGCACACUUUGGGUGGUUGAUGACGAAGUCGCAAAGUACGUUGUCGAGGCUUUUUAUACUAAUAUAUUCAAGGACUUGAAGGAGGGUGUCUUGGACUGUACGAAGGCGGCCAAAGCACUCAAUCAUGCUACACAUGCCGUGAAGAAAUUGGUCCCUCUCAAGCAGAGAAUUGUUUUCAUUCAUAUUGGGGUGUAGUUCUAUGUCACAUUGCUUUCGCUGUCUGGUACAGAUUUACAAGUUAUUGGUCUUGGAUCCUCUUUCAUCCUUGCUGUACGUCUUUGUGUAGGAUUACCCUGAUACUACCGUUGUGCUUUUAGCUGUCUUUGUCGCAACCUCUCGUCCAGAGUCACAUUCAUUUCUCG